GACUUUUAAAACUUAGAAUAACUCGAUUUGUUAUUUGAAAUGGUGAAGCCCGAACCAGAUGUUGAGGUCCCUCCUGGUGACGCAGCCAAGGGAGCAAAAUUGUUCAAGUCCAAGUGCGCUCAGUGUCACACAAUUAACAAGGGUGGAAGCAUUAAGCAGGGUCCCAACUUGUUUGGAUUUUAUGGCCGCCAGUCUGGCGCUACUGAUUUCGCCUAUUCCGAAGCUAACAAGACAUCAGGAAUUGUAUGGAGUGACAAGCAUCUCUUUGUCUACUUGAUCAAUCCAAAGGACUACAUUCCCGGCACAAAGAUGGUCUUCGCCGGUCUCAAGAAGGAGAAGGACAGAGCAGACUUGAUUGCCUACCUCAAGGAAGCCUCUUCCUCCGGCUAAGUGUUACGUAUAUG